AUGUUUCGCUUGAUCGUUUUCAAGCGUUUUCCUGCCAGGUUGGAGCCACUUUUGAGGCUCUCUUUUCCCGGGCCCCGUCCACGUUGUCCACGCGGUUGUCGUCGCACAUUCGCCAGCAUCGCCACAAGUCAUCAUCCAUUCUCCUCCAAUUCGCCUUCUUGGCCCUCUACAGCACCGCUGCGUCCAUCUGCAGCGAGGAAGACCGCAUUUAGGUCCUUUUCUGGCGCCGCCUCUGACGCCUCCCCUGUCUAUCCCGCCUCAAACGACCACCCUGACUCCGAAGAGUGCUCUCGAGCUGGCAUUUUGGAUGUAGACAAGUUCGUUGACUCGCUAGAAGGCUCUUCGUCCGGGUGGUGGCCGCUGUACGUGCGCGGCGAGGUGCCGGACUACCCUCCCCGCCGUGAGAUGUUCGAGCGUCUCACGGCCGAAGGCAUCGAUGUCGAGCUGAUGGAAGCGUACGAGGUUGAGGACUUCACGCGUUGGUUGUUGAUGCGCAAGAAAUACGGCCCUGGCUACCCGCGCAUGCCGUACGACGUGACACUGGAGCAGAAGAUCGAGGAGCUGCGUCGCAGGAUCCCCUUAUCUCGAUCGGGCAGUGGCUCCCAGGUGUAA